AUGUGUGGGAUUUAUGCUGCUUUCAGACAACCAGAUGUCGAACAAUUUAAAGAAAAGGCUUUAGCCAACUCCAAGAGAAUCAGACAUAGAGGUCCAGAUUGGUCAGGUAACAUUAUUCAAAACAGUACCAUUUUAUGUCAUGAAAGAUUAGCUAUUGUUGGUUUAGAUUCAGGUGCCCAACCAAUUGUUUCACCAGAUAACAACUUUUCAUUAGCCGUUAAUGGUGAAAUUUAUAACCAUAUCAAAUUAAGAGAUGAAUUCAAAGAUUAUAAAUUCAAAAGUUUAAGUGAUUGUGAACCAAUCAUCCCAUUAUUUCAAAAAUAUGAUAUUGAUGCUCCAAAAUACUUAGAUGGUAUGUUCGCUUUCGUAUUAUAUGAUAAAGAAAACGAUAGAAUCGUUGCUGCUAGAGAUCCAAUUGGUAUCACUACUUUAUACAUGGGUAAAAGCUCAGCCAACCCAAAAACCAGAUAUUUCGCUUCAGAAUUAAAAUGUUUAACUGAUGAAUGUGAUGAAAUUACUGCUUUCCCUCCAGGUCAUAUUUACGACUCAAACACUGAUAAAUUAACCAGAUAUUUCCAACCAUCAUGGUGGGAUGAAAACAAAAUCCCAACCAAACCAGUUGAUUACAAAUUGGUCAGAGAAUCUUUGGAAUUAGCUGUAAGAAAGAGAUUAAUGGCUGAAGUUCCUUACGGUGUUUUAUUAUCAGGUGGUUUGGAUUCUUCAUUAAUUGCUUCCAUUGCUGCUAGAGAAACUCAAAAAGCUUCUGCCAAACAAUCUACUGAAGGUAUUGAUGCCAACAAAGAAUUAUCAGGGGUUGAUGAAUCAGGUUCUUUACAUUCAAGCGGUUUCUCAAGAUUACAUUCUUUUGCUAUCGGUUUACCAGGUGCUCCAGAUUUAAUCGCUGCUGAAAAAGUUGCUCAUUACAUUGGUACUAUUCAUCAUUCACAUACCUUCACUUUAGAAGAAGGUUUAGAUGCUUUAAACGAUGUUAUCUACACUUUAGAAACUUAUGAUGUUACUACUAUCAGAGCUUCAACUCCAAUGUACUUAUUAUCAAGAAAAAUCAAAGCUCAAGGUGUUAAAAUGGUUUUAUCAGGUGAAGGUUCUGAUGAAAUUUAUGGUGGUUAUUUAUAUUUCGCUGCUGCUCCAUCUGCUAAAGAUUUCCAUGAAGAAUGUGUUAAAAGAGUUAAAAACUUACACUAUGCUGAUUGUUUAAGAGCCAACAAAUCCACCAUGGCUUGGGGUUUAGAAGCCAGAGUUCCAUUCUUAGAUAAACAAUUCUUAGAAGUUUCAAUGAACAUUGACCCAGAAGAUAAAUUAAUCAAAAGAGAAGAAGGUAGAAUCGAAAAAUACAUCUUAAGAAAAGCUUUCGAUACUUCUGAUGAACCAGACGUCAAACCUUACUUACCAAAAGAAAUCUUAUACAGACAAAAAGAACAAUUCAGUGACGGUGUUGGUUACUCAUGGAUUGAUGGUUUGAAAGAUGCUGCUGAAGCUGCUGUUUCAGAUGAACAAUUAGCCAAUCCAAAACCUGAAUGGGGUGAUGAUGUUCCAACUACCAAAGAAGCUUACUGGUACAGAUGUAAAUUCGAUGAAUUAUUCGGUUCAAAAUCUGCUGCUGCUUCAACUGUUAUGAGAUGGGUUCCAAAAGCUGAAUGGGGUUGUCACGCUGAUCCAUCAGGUAGAUACGCUGCUAUUCAUGAACAAAAAGUUGAUGAUGCUUAG